AUGCCGAGCAGCAGCGAAACGAACAACACUGCCGAGUACUCGGCGCUGCUGCUCGGGUCGAGAGCCGCUGCCGACCACGGAGCGACGUCGCUGCGGGUGGAAGGCGACAGCACCCUUGUGAUCCAGCAGGUGCGCGGCAUCUUCGCGGCGAGGAACGCCGUUCUACGCCGCCUCCGCGACCAAGUCAAGGUAGAGCUCGCGCGGGUGGGGAGCUUCUCACUCCACCACAUCGACCGCCAAGCGAAUGCCCAUGCCGACCGCCUGGCCAACCGAGCCCUCGACCUCCGCCGGACGAUGAUGGAGUGCGGCGCUCACACGGCAGGCGACGGCUGUACGAACACGACGCUGGACCCUAUGCCCGUGCUGCCGCCCCAGCCGACACCCCGCGCUCCGCCCCCGACACCCGCGGCCGACACCAACAUCGAGAUGCAGGAGCCGGAGGACGAGGAUCUCGCCGACAUCGACGACGGCGAGGUCUAUGCAGCCAUGCGCAUCGGGCCGGACGCAGUUCCGCAGCGUCGACCCCGCCUCCGACUACGCCAGCUCACCGAAGCCGAGGACGACGCUGCCCGCGAGAUGGUGGAGCGGCUUGGCGCGACGCUGGCGGCCAAGAUCACUGACGCCAGUGACUGGGAGUCGGCGGAGGGCUACAUCACAGCCCUCCCGCACCUCCUGUACGACAAAUUGCAGCCGUACUCCCAGGCCCAGCGACGCCCCGAGCCGCGUCCCCAGCGGCAGGACCGCCGCAGCCUGGAAGGCGAUGCACAUGGAGACAACGAGCGCGAUGGCGACGCCAGUCAGCAGGACUCGGCGCGACGGAGGCAGUGCAGGCGCCGCGGGCGCUCUGGUGCAGCGAAGCGGCGACGUCGCCGCCGCCCGCCGCGGGUGACUCGACACCACCGCGAGCACCGCCUCGACGAGGCCUUGGACGACCUCCACGCCGUGGAGCAGGCUUCGCCCGGAGACCGCACGGCUGUUCGCCGAGCCCGCCGCCGCGUCGGCCGCGUCAACUCGGCCAUCGACCAACAGCACCUGCGUCACCGGUUCGACACGGACGAGAAAGCCUGCGUCGAAGACAUCCUGGCCAAGGCACGCGCGCAGCAGGAGACGCCAAGGACAGCGGCCUCCAACGCCGGCACCGCAUCGGACCUAGCGGCGCCAGCGGCA